AUUAGCUGAUGUUCAGUGGACGUCACCUCCGCGUUGAGCGCUGUUUCCAUCCAACAGCAGAAAUCACAUGAUCUCCCUGAUCCUGUCUGCUGCGAGUAAAAGCUACAAAUACACUCCAAGGACGAUGAAGCUGAUCAUCCUCAAUGACUACGACCAGGCGAGCGAGUGGGCUGCAAAGUACAUCAGAAAUAAGAUUUUACUGUUCAGACCUGCCCCGGACAGAUAUUUCACCCUGGGGCUUCCUACAGGAAGCACCCCUCUGGGUUGUUACAAGAAACUGAUCGAGUACUACAAGACAGGACAAAUCUCAUUCCAGUAUGUCAAAACCUUCAACAUGGAUGAAUAUGUGGGAAUUCCCAGAGAUCACCCUGAGAGCUACCACUCCUUCAUGUGGAAUAACUUCUUCAAGCACAUAGACAUAAAAGCAGAGAACACCCACAUCCUGGAUGGCAACGUUGUGGACCUGCAAGCUGAGUGUGCAGCCUUUGAGGAAAAGAUAACAGAUGCUGGGGGGAUCGAGCUCUUUGUCGGAGGUAUUGGACCAGAUGGCCACAUUGCCUUCAAUGAGCCUGGUUCAAGUCUGGUUUCCAGGACGAGGGUGAAGACCCUGGCAAAGGACACGAUCAUGGCUAAUGCCAGAUUCUUUGAUGGGGAUCUCUCAAAGGUGCCCACCAUGGCACUGACUGUGGGAGUGGGCACUGUCAUGGAUUCAAAAGAGGUCAUGAUUCUCAUCACCGGAGCACACAAGGCAUUUGCUUUAUACAAAGCUAUAGAGGAAGGUGUGAAUCACAUGUGGACAGUGUCUGCGUUCCAGCAGCACCCACAGACUGUUUUUGUAUGUGACGAAGACGCCACCCUGGAACUGCGGGUCAAAACUGUAAAGUACUUCAAAGGGAUGUUGCAUGUGCACAACAAGCUGGUGGAGCUACCUCCCUCAGUGCCGAAGAAGAACUGAGUAGAUAUUGUCCAAAUGUUUUUUAAACUUUACACUCCAAUGAUUCCUUUAUCUUCUGGCGGAGAUACAUUGGUAAACAUCAAGCAGUGCUUGGAGUUUACCUCAAAUACUUGUUGUAGACAAUCAGGUGCUAUUCAGGUUUUCAUGUGAUUGCUUCUCAUUUGUUCUUUUUAAUAAAGUGCAUUUAACUUUUAA